AUGUCUCAAUUAUUUCUUGUUGGAACAGGCGAGAAAGUUGUUUAUUCAUGUCAUUUAUCUUCCACUGGUCAAUUACAAAAAUUAGAUGAACAAACAACCGGAGAUGGACCAUCAUGGCUGCAAUUGAGUUUAACAAAAAAUAUUAUAUAUAUUGUCAAUGAAUUUGUACAUAAAAUUGCAACAUAUUCAAUUGAAGAUCGUCUUCAUGGAAAAAUAUCUUUGCUUUCUACUCCUGUAUCAUCUUUGGGUGAAACACCAUGCCAUCUUGAUGUACAUCCAAGUGGAAAAUAUUUGGGUGUAGCAAACUACGGCGGAAAAUCAACUUUUGCCAUAUUUCCGUUAUUAGAAAAUGGAAUACCAGAUGUAGAACAUGCAAUCACGCAAGAUAUUGAGGGAAGUGGACCAAAACCACAGCAAGUUCAUUCAAGAGGUCAUUGUAUACUGUUUCAUGGUUCUUAUGUUUAUGUUGUUGAUUUGGGAACAGAUUCAAUAAAUAGUUAUCAUUUUGAUGACUCUACCGGUCAAAUUAAGCCUAACCAUCGUACACUAACAGAAGCUGGCGCUGGUCCUCGACAUUUAGUUUUUCAUCCAACAAAACCGUUAGCAUACGUGUGUAAUGAAUUAAAUUCAACAACAAAUGCUUAUAGUGUUGAUAAAUCACUUGGUAAACUCACACAUAUUCAGACAAUUACGACGCGUAAAAAUCCGAAUGAUAAGACAGACAAUGCACCUGCCGAAAUUACAUUUAGUCCUGAUUAUAAAUAUUUACUUGUAUCAAAUCGUGGCGAUAAUACAAUUAUUGUUUAUAAUUGUGAUUUACCCGAUGGACAACUGACAAUUCAUGAACAUCUAGAUUGUAAAGGUGCAUUUGCACGAUAUUUUGGUUUUGAUCCAACGGGACAAUUUUUGCUAAUAGCAAAUCAAAAUUCAAAUAAUUUAAUUUGUUAUUCGUACAAAAAUGAAAAAUUUAAUUUUUGCAGUGAACUAAGUGGUAUUAAAACUGGUCAACAUAUUUUUUGGUUGAAUAAUGAAGAAAAAAAAUAA